AUGGUUCAGGUGGACCACUUAAACUAUGUCAAAGUGAACUCAAUUAAGAUUUGUAAAGAUGGAAUUGAAUUUGAUGACAACACUAAGAUAAAAGCUGAUGUUGUGGUUUUUGCAACUGGUUAUGAUGGUAGUAAGAAAAAAGUUAAGUCCAUCUUACCAGAGCCUUUAGCAGCUUGUUGGAAUACCCUUCUGGUAUCACACACUUAUAAGGGGCACAAUUCAUCCUUUGAUCCCAAACAUGGCAUUCGUGGGUUAUCUCGAGAGUGUUUCGAACCUUCCCUCUUCGGAACUGUGCAGCAAAUGCUUGAGCAAACAAAUUUAACAUUUCUAACACUUGGUGAACCUGGUUGUUUUCUUCGAGACUUCCACUUCUUUACUUGUUUGCUCAAGCAUUUGCUCCACACUUGGGAGCUUAAAUUUGUUACUUUUAGCAUCAACCACAGUGAUGAAAUUUGUGAGGAGAUGGGGUGGACAUCUUGGAGGAAGAAUACUUGGUUGCCGGAAGUAUUUAGCCCCAAUGGCAGUCAAGACUAUCUGAAGAAACAAUGA